UUCACACUGGAUCCAAACACAGUAAAUAAAAACCUCCGUCUGUCUGAGGAGAACAAAGUGGUGACCUGCAGUAGAACAUUACAGUGGUAUCCUGAUCAUCCAGAUAGAUUUGAUAUUUACCUCCAGGUUGUGUGUAGAGAGAGUGUGAGUGGACGCUGUUACUGGGAGGUUGAGUGGAGUGGGGAUGAUGAGGUUGAAAUAGCAGUGUCAUAUAAAAGCAUCAGCAGGAAGGGAUUCGGUGAUGAGUGUUGGUUUGGCUGUAAUGAUCAGUCCUGGAGUCUGUUAUGUUCUCCAUCCAGAUUUUCAUUCUGGCACAAUAAGAAAGAGAUUAAAAUUCCCAUAAUGCCGAGUUCCUCUAGAAUAGGAGUGUAUGUGGAUUAUGAAGCAGGAACUCUAUCCUUCUACAGCGUCUCUGAUACAAUGAAGCUCCUCCACAGAGUUCAAACCACGUUCACUCAGCCCCUCUACCCGGGGUUUUAUCUUCGUUCUGGAUCAAAAGUGAAACUCCUAUAUCAGUUUAUCUCUGCUCAUUCGGCCUACAGCAGUUUAGACCUGCCCACUUAUCCACCAUUUUGCCUCCACGAUGAGCCUGUAUAG